GACUCCAUUGGACCGUUAUGUUAAAUCCACUAUAUGCUGAUCAAUACUAUAUGCCUAUAAUUUUUUGGUUAAAACAAUUUUGAGUUAGUUCAUCUUUGCCUAAGGUCUUCAGACAAGCAAAACUGAAAGAGGAACACCAUCAUAUUGUAGUAGUAGUACUAUCUAAUCUGAUUUAAUGAAGGUGCACAAAAGACAGUCGACUUCAGAGGAUCAUGUUGAUUCCUUCAAAGGAAAGGCAAUAGAGGAAGUCCUCGCAGAAAUUAAGAAAAAGAAAUCAAGCGCAGCCGAUGAUGUAGCUUCUGCUGGCUUUCAGAGCUUUGAACAACUGCCUGAUGGUGAGAUUUCUCCAGAACAAGAUGCAAAGGAUGACGAAGAGGAGGAAGACGGUAAGACAUUGUCAGUAGGCACCGAAAAGCAUGAAGAGGGACGUAGUCCAAAGUGGCAUAUGACCUAUGGAUAUCAUAUGGUCCGUGGAAAAAUGGAGCAUGGAAUGGAAGACUAUGUUGUUGCUAAGAAAAGGAACAUUGGUGGCAAAGAAUUAGGCUUGUAUGCAAUUUUUGAUGGGCAUGCUGGUCGUGAUGUAGCUGAGUAUUUGCAACAGAAUCUCUUCAAUAACAUUCUGAGUCAGCCGGAUUUCUGGGAACAUCCAGAGGAAGCUGUGAAGAGAGCAUACAAAGAAACAGAUGAAGAGAUCUUGGACAAAGUGGCAGAGUCACGAGGUGGAUCGACAGCAGUCACGGCUAUCUUGAUCAACCGCGAGAGACUCAUUGUUGCAAAUGUUGGUGAUUCGCGUGGAAUAUUAUGCAAAAAACGGGAUAUAGAACAAAUAACAGUUGAUCAUGAACCAGAAAGGGAAAAGGAGCUUGUUGAAGAGAGGGGUGGUUGUGUCUUCCAAAGACCAGGAAACAUUCCUCGUGUUGAUGGAGUGCUUGCAAUGACAAGGGCUUUUGGAGAUGGGAGACUCAAAGAACAUAUAUCUGCUAAGCCUGAUGUAAAGAUCGAGAUGUUGGGUGCAGAUGCAAAGUUCAUUGUGCUGGCAAGCGAUGGCCUCUGGAAGGUCAUGUCAAAUGAAGAGGCUUGUGAUUGUAUCGAGGAGCUCGACGAUGCCCAAGCAGCAGCAGAGCAGCUGGUCAAGGAGGCAUUACAAAGAAAAAGUGCCGAUGAUAUAUCAUGUGUUGUUGUUAUGUUCCAUGAUUGACACUGUGUUAUUUGCUCUAAGGCCCAAGCCCCAAGGGGUACUAUGAAAAGUCCUUGUUGAGGCCUGAGGGGUUUGCUUUCUGUAAUCUGGAUGUUUCUGCCGUUUUUUCUCAGGCGUUCUAUUUCCUUCUGCUAUUUUAUCCAACAAUAAAUUGUUUUUGUUUCAUAA